AACGGAUGGAAAUUGGAACCUGGGUGAAAAAAAAGCGAAGCGAGUUACUUAUCGCUUCUCUGUUUAUAUUAUUUAAAAUACAAAAUAAACAGUUUUCUGCUUAGAAACUUAAGAACAAAGGUUUAUAAGAGUCACAGAUGAGCUUCACCACAAUAAGGACGAAUGAAGAGGACCUCACAUCGCCGUCGUCAGACGAAAGAAUGGACACAGGCUCCGAAUCCUUCCGGUCACAGGACACUCCUAACUCGGCUCUGUCCUCAGACUGCGACGAGCGGGAGCCAGACACCGUUCUCCGUCUGCAGAACCCUCAAACAAUCCUCAGGUUUUCAGACCACGAUAAAAUAAACUUUAACGACAGUUUGAUUCAUAAAAUGUCCAAUCUUCACCUGGAUUCCCCUAAAAUUAAUACUAGGCCACACUCGUUAGGUAUAAGUCCCCCAAAGCUGAGUUCAACCCUCACCCUGACAACGAAACACCCGUUAAUGGGCCUAUCCAGUCCCGAUGAAAAUUUCCCAGAUUUGAUACCGAAAAAAGUUCAUAAAAUCGAAGAUGAAAAAGACCUGAGUCUCUCCAGUAUAGAAGAUGAGCGCGCGACGUUCUUUUCGCCGCAGAGGAACACGUCAAAGAAUAAUUUGUAUUUCACCGAAAACUUCGUCACAGCGGACAGUCAGAUUCUAAACGAUACCCUGGACCUGCCACCGGACGUGGCGAGGAUCGAUAAACACGAGAGAAGGAAGAUAAAACCGAAAUACGGUGAUAUGAAAGAAACUUUGAAUGAUAACAGUGCCAUACAUUUCGAAAAGUUCUCUAGUCAAAGUACGCCAAAGUGCAAUAUCAAAGCUGUCGAUGUUACCCCGAAAGAGGAAUACCACAGUGGGGUGGCAGAAUGGUGCGAGUCUCCGUCCCACCUCCGCUCUAUACCUAACUUCGAACUGCCGAUCGAGAUGUCCAGCGCCGUGGGGAUGCGCAAUGAGUUGGAGUCUCCAGACGUGAUUUCCACUUCUACUCAGGAAGAUAGGUCCACGUACCAAGCGUUGCUAGAUCCUUACACGGGAAACGUGGCGCUCUGCCACACCGCCCCGCGGAGCCCUAGCAUACAGCGGCGGAAGAUACAGUUGCCACCUGAAGAUGACAGGUGCAGUCUGGACAGCGUCAGUGGAUGCUCCAUGGAGUCCGAAGAGGAACCCCUGGAACUGGACAACGCCAGGAGUUGUCCCGACCCCCGCAGCGAGGACGAUGACGACACGAAGAGAUCGAAGUCAACGAACACAGUGAGCGAGUCCAGCGACCUCAUCCCGGAGUACUCCGCCGCGGACGAGCUGCGCCGGGAGCGGGGCUGGCGCUCCGUCAGCAGCCCCGCCGCGUCCCCCCACCGCGCGCUCUGCGACAUGAAGGUGAUCGAGCCGUACAAGCGCGUGCUGUCCCACGGCGGCUACGACGCGCACGGCGCCGCACUCAUCGUGUUCAGCGCGUGCCACCUGCCAGACAACUCGCGGCCCGACUACACCUACGUCAUGGACAACUUGUUCUUGUACGUGAUCUGGACCCUCGAGCGGCUGGUGACGGAGGAGUACGUGCUGGUGUACCUGCACGGCAGCGCCGGCCGCCGGAGACUGCCCGGCUUCCACUGGCUCCACGAGUGCUAUAAGCUUAUCGACAGGAGAUUACGCAAAAGCCUGAAGCACCUGUAUCUGGUACAUCCGACGUUUUGGCUGAAAUCGUUUGUGAUACUAACAAAGCCCUUUGUGAGUUCGAAGUUCUUCAAGAAACUGAGCUACGUUCGUAACCUACAAGAGCUGAUGCAGAGGGUCCCGGUGGAGCCCAACGCGAUCCCGGAGACGGUCAAACUCUACGACGCCAUGAGGAACUGAGGCCAACGUUGCGGCAAAUGUUAACGUUUUAUGAGCGGCAGAAUCCACCGCGCGCUGGUCCCGAGCGCACGGAGCCGCGAGUGUGCCAUUCCACGACACUAAAAUUGUAACCACAUAAUUAGAUAAAUGAUAGCUUUAUGCACACUUAACAUCAAGCGAGCUGACGGCUUAGUGUUGUACGAUCGUGGUGCUCUAGAGACUAUUUUAGAUAACUCAGCUUUGUUAUGAUCUAGUGAAAUUUUCCUGUCGGUACUCAAUCUGCAAGACCAGGCGAUGAUAAGUGAUGCCUUCAUUGACGGGCCACUUACCGACAGACGUGCAAUCUGCUGCCCAGCGUGUCGAGACUUGUGUUACUAAUAUUCAUUAUCAAAAACAAUGUUUUAGCACACAAGUCAUCGCUUAUAAUCAACUGAGUCAUCUACUGUACUUAGUAAUGAGAUACAAACUUGAUUUAAUUAAUUUAGAAAUCAUUUUAUCUACACAACAAAAGCAAAAAUGUUUAUCAAUAAUCAGUUUUUUACCAAACAAGAAGUGAAGACAUUCCAGUGUUAGUAUAAGUGACCACUUACGGUCAGUCGCAAAAUCGCGUCUCCACUCCGCCCCCCACACAUUAGUGUUGCCAGUGCACGCGGCGGGAGCGGUCGCACGCUGGCAACCCCACAGAAACUCCAGAAACAUUCCCUCUAGUUGAUUAAUGUCUCAUAUUAAUCAUUUUCAUUUCACUUCACUCCAUAUUAUCAUUUUUCAUAAAAAUAUAAAUAUUUCUGUUUUAUAUUAUAUAGCUGAGUCCUGCGGUGUCACCCGCGGUUGUUGUAGUACAGCGGGUGACGCCACGGGGCGAAGCAAGUCUAAAAAAGUUGCUUAAGUAACUCCUUAUAUAUUCAGCUACUUAUCAGUGAAGAAUAAAAAUUAAAAUAAGACAUGACUUAAAGGUCUUAGUUACCAGGUCAUAAAAUCCCUUUAAAAAAAAAAAGAAACAUUCUCUACAGAUAUAUUAAUAUUGUUUUCGUCUUCAUUCCGCGUCCAUUCACUGAUGUUGCUGCUGCUACUGUGGCGCCGGACUCCUCACUCGCCACUUCGCAAUCAGUAUUAUUACGCAUUCAAUUAUUGUAUCUCCAAUCAAUUUGAAUCUCAUUCUAUAUUGUGUUCUUUUAAAUAUUUAUUUUAUAGAUGAAACUAGUGACCCGCCCUCGCUUCGCUUCGGAAACUGUAAUUUAUUAUUGAUUUCUCCACUAUUUAAUGGAUGUUAUUAUACAUAUAAACCUUGCUCUUCAAUCACUCUAUCUAUUAAAAAAAAUGUGUGCGUGUACUAGUGUACACACGUAAGAAGUGAAACUUGUUUAUGGCCUUAUUUUUCGAAAAAUGAUCUACAUGCAACUUUCUAGAAAUUGGUUAAAUAAAGUUAAAUUAGAUAAAGUUUAAACAAAAGGAUUUUAUUAUCAUAGACAUGAAUACAAAUAAUACAAUUAUUUCACUUUACCUUUUUGCUACUAAGAUUAUUACAGCAUUUUAAUAAUACAUCUCUUUGAUAUCAUAAUACCCUGGUACUUUUCUUCCUAUAAAUUAAUAAUAAUAGCACGGUCCACGUGGUGUUAAAUGGGGUUCCUGAGGUUCGUGAAGUUUGACCCACCUUGAGACAUGAGGUCGAUUUCUCAAAUCCGAAACCAUGCUUCAGAACAUACCGCCGUUAAUUAUUAAUAAAUCUCUUUGCUAUCAUAAUACCCUGGUACUUUUCUUCCUAUUAUUUUACGUAAUAACAGUAAUAAAUAGCACGGUCCACGUGAUAUUAUUAAGUGGGCUCCCUGAGAUUAUUGGAAUUACAAAAUGAUUUCCGUAAUCCACCUGGAGACAUGAGGUCAAUUUCUCAAAUCGGAAUCCAUACUUCAGAACAUACAGCCGUUAAUUAAUAAAGAAGGCUGUACGUCAGAGUAAAGUUAUAAUAAUACAUCUCUUUGAUAUCAUAAUACCCUGGUACUUUUCUUCCUAUUAUUUUACGUAAUAACAAUAAUAGCACGGUCCACGUGAUAUUAAGUGGGUUACCUGGGAUUAUUGCAAUUACAAAAUGUAUUCCGUGACCCACCUUGAGACAUGAGGUCGGUUUCUCAAAUGCGCAUCCAUACUUCAGAACAUACAGCCGUUAAUUAAAAGAUGGCGCGUAACGGAAAAAUGUGACGCGUAACCGAAAAAUGUGACGGUAAAUUUUUUUCCAACGCCGAUAAGGAAGUUUCACUUCAAAAAACCGCAUCAAAAUCCGUUGCGUAGUUUUAAAGAUUUAAGCAUACAUAAGGGAUAUAGGGAUAGAGAAAGCGACUUUGUUUUAUACUAUGUAGUGAUAAAUGAUAGUUGUUUAUUGUAUACUUUAUAUUACUACAUCACUGCGUCUGUGUGAGGGGCGCGGGGACGGUGAUUAGGUCAGAUACCAAUCACCUUGCGAUCAACAAGACAAUAAGAUUAGACCCCGCUGGGAGUCGCAGGGUCCCCCAACCCCCCUGUGUCAAGGUCCCCCCCUACGUCGGUCCCACAGACCCCGCGGCGCCGCUGUGUGCUGCUACGCAGUAUACCUAAGCUUUAAAUCGUUCAUGAAUUUAAUGAAGUACCUGUAAUUAAGCCAUUUUGUUUGAUAAGAGAAUAAAUAAUGCACAAGCAAUGUAGGUUUAUUGUCUUUUACAUGAUUUAGUUUUAAGUUAGUUAGUGGGGCGCCGCCAAUACUUCAUUACAAUCCAAUGCACAGAUUAGUUGUGUGCUCACUUGUUGUGGGAGAAACUAAGGAAACUGUACAACGAAUGAUUAUGGAAUUGUCAAGUGUUAAAAUUACAUUAUAUUUACCUUUUUUUUACAUAAUGUUUAUUUAAUACCGAGAUUUAACUCCCACAAUACUCGCGCGGAUCUCUGAACGACAACACUGUUCAUUCCUGAGUCAUUCCAGACACUGAAUUAGUGUAGCAAUUAUAGUGUUAUUACUGCAAUAAAUAUUUCCUUAUUUUUAAUUUAAAAGCAGUCUCACAGAAGUGAAAUCAAUAUACAAUAUUGUGGGCACGUCUGUCUGUAUCCCUCCAUAUAAUGCGUGCGUGCAAAGGCCCAGUGGGAUAUUAAUAGCGUUCCAUAGCCCGAGAAUUUCGCAAUUAUUACCGGACUUUACAGUAAUGUCGUUUUUAAGUCGGAAGAUUGGAACGCGCCCGUGGGCCGCAAUAAAAUAGCACUCUCAUUCUUUUUUUCGUCAAUGGCAACCUUCCUGUCGCGUCAUUGCAUUCGUUAUUAUUUGUAAAAUUUCUAGAUUGUGAUCCAGUGAACGGUAAAAGUAUUAUAAAUCGUUUCUAAGAAUGUAAUCUGUAUUGUGAAUUAUUUAAUUAUUCUUAAAUAAACUUAUUGUUAUAUAUAUAAUUAUGAUUUGAUAAGUUCUGUUGUAAAUAAAUGCAUUUGGAAUA